ACAAACUCACUCCCACUUGCACACACAUAAAGCUACCUCCUAAGCACAGCAACCACUAGCUCUUGCACUGAGCCAGCUUACGCUAGGGAGAAGAAGCAAUGAGCAGCGGGGUGUGGUUUCCUGCACUGGGGCUUCUGGCCUGGCUGUGCUGCCUCAGUCUGGGGCCUGUGCAGGGGGGGAAGGUGCUGGUUGUGCCUGUGGAUGGGAGCCACUGGCUCAGCAUGAAAAUACUGGUGAACGAGCUCAACGAAAGGGGACAUGAAAUCUUGGUGCUGGUACCUGAAAGCAGUCUGUUGAUCCAUAGUUCAGAGAGCUUCAAGACAGAGGUCUACCAAGUACCCUUUACCAAAGCAGAACUUGAUGGAAAGUUCAACGAGCUGAAGGAUGGAGUGUUCCUCAAGCCGCCAAAAGUCACGGAUUUGUUUAUCAACUUGCAGCGUUUGGUAAACUUCACGACAAUUCAGGUGACAGCCUGUGAGAGUUUGUUGAACAACCAGCCUCUAAUGGGUCGACUGAAGGAAAGGGGCUUUGAUGUUUUGCUAACAGACCCCUUCCUUCCCUGCGGCUCUGUCCUGGCUCACAUCUUUAACAUCCCAGCAGUUUAUUUCCUGCGAGGACUUCCAUGUGAGUUUGAUCUAAAAGCUAACAUGGUCCCCUCUCCUCGUUCCUACAUCCCUGUGGCUUUCUCUGGUAACACGGACAUCAUGACAUUCCCACAGAGAGUCAAAAACAUGCUCAUGUCUUUUCUGGAGUCCUACAUGUGCAGAACGAUCUAUGCACACUUUGACGAUCUGGCCAGCAAGUAUUUAGGAGACGACAUGACCUACAGUAAACUUCUCAGUAAUGGUGCAAUCUGGCUUCUCAGAUACGACUUUACUUUUGAAUGGCCCAGACCACUCUUGCCGAACAUGGUUUUUAUUGGCGGCAUCAAUUGUGGAAAGAAGUCUCCUCUGCCAGCGGACUUACAGGAGUUUGUGGAUGGAUCAGGAGAUGACGGCUUUAUCGUCUUCACCCUGGGAUCAAUGGUGUCCAAUAUGCCAAUGGAGAAAGCUAAACAGUUCAUUGAUGCAUUCAGGCAAAUUCCUCAAAGGGUUGUGUGGAGAUACACUGGAGACCUACCUAAAGAUGUACCAAAGAACGUGAGACUCAUGAAGUGGUUACCUCAGAAUGACCUCCUAGCCCAUCCCAAAGUGAGAGCCUUCAUCACCCACGGAGGAACCCACGGUAUCUAUGAGGGUAUCUGCAAUGCUGUACCCAUGUUGAUGUUCCCACUGUUUGGGGACCAGGGGGACAACGUGGACCGCAUGGUGGUCCGCGGUGUCGCAGUUAAACUUGGAAUUUACGAUUUGACGACUGAAAGCCUAUUAGCUGGACUAAAUACAAUCCUUCAUGCCAAAAGUUACAAGGAGAACAUAGUUAGGAUGUCUGAGAUACAUCUGGACCGUCCUGUCCCGCCUCUGGACUUGGCUGUUUUCUGGACUGAGUUUGUCAUAAGACACAAAGGAGCCGAACACCUCCGGGUAGCUGCACACGACUUAAACUGGAUCCAGUACAAUAGCCUGGAUGUCAUCGGCAUUUUAAUAUUAAUUAUAAUCACUUUUCUGUGGAUGACACUGAAAUGCUGCCUGUUCUGCACCCACAAGUGUUGCAGAAGGGGGACUCCAAAGAAAAAGAAAGAGUAGUGUUUAUAACAGUCACUAUGUUUUAUAAGCUCUGUAAUGAAGUCGAUAAGGUAUGUUGAAACACUUCAAUGAUUUUUAAUACUGGUGUGUGUGAGCGUGAGCAUGUGUAUAAUGACUCUGAUUUUAAAAUAAAAUAUGUCCAAGUGCCAAUAAUAAGAUGUCUGUAAUCCAUGUGAAACCUGCUACCUGCUGUGAUUGAUUAAAGCCAUGCUCUGAAAAGCCAACCAAAUAAAAACAUUUUAAAAAACUUGUAUGAAUUUAUUUGUAACACACUACAAAAGAAAGUCUUGUACAUUAUUUGGAAACUUCCUUAAAUUCAGGUUUCUCCACAGGACUCCUUUUUGUGCAGUACUGUUGUGGGGGAAAUGUACUUCCUUUAAUUGUGCUACAACAAUAGCAAAUAGUUUAAUUCUUACACUGUUUAGCCGAGUUCAGUGCAAGUUUGCAAGCGAACAGCAAGUGCACUGACUUUUGAAGUAUAAUUAAUUCAAACAGCACACUUUGCUUUAUCUUCAACCUAUUCCUCUUCAUUUCAGCACCCUGUAUAACAACUCCCCUCUGCUGAAAGAUAACUCUCUGCUCCAUAUCCUCUCUGUGACCACUGGACCAUUACAUACUGUACAUUCCAUAUUUAUUCUAUUAAUAUUCCACACCGCUCACAAUUGUACAUGUUUUAUCCUGAUUUAUAUUGUGUUUUUGUUCAUAUUCUCUGUACAUUUCUUGUCACAAAUGUAUAUUUUUUGUUUUAUUGUACUGUAACUAUAUUGCCUUGUUUUUAUGCUGCUGCAACGUCAACGGUUCCAAAAUUGGGAUCAAUAAAGUAAUUCUAUUCUAUUCUAUA